CACCACGGGCUUUAUUUGACAAUUGAGAUCUGGAAGGUCUUGGGAGCUCUGCAUCGCGCCUCCAAGAAAACCCUAACCCUAGGGUUUUGAUCUCCGUCAUCUGAGAGCCUUUUGUUGAAAUCAAAUCGUUGGGUUUUUCUAAUCUUUGCCCAACGAACAAGAGUUCGUUUGUUGUAGUAGUACUGAGGAUGUCUCGGUGCUUCCCGUUCCCGCCUCCGGCGUAUGUGAGCAGAGGGGCGUGCUCGGAGGCCUUGAUCGAAUCGAUUAAGAAACAAGAGGAGGAGAAAUCCAAGAAAGAGAGGAAAAGAGAGAAGAAGUUGAGGAAAGAAAGAAGGAAAGAGCGUAAGGAAAAUAAGCGAAAGUUGUUGUCUGACUGUUGCAUCGAUGACAAAGUGAAAAAAGUUGGCAAUGAGAAGUAUCUUGAAUUGGAGAAGAAUAAAACAGACCCGAGAAAUGGUAUGAAAGAUGAAGCUGAGCAAAUGGAAAAGAGUGAUCUUACGGAAGAACAUGAUCAACCAACCAGCUUUGAAAGCAGUCGGUAUUUAUCUGAUAGCACUCAAAGCAGCAGCAAGAGGAAAAGACAAUCCUCCUUGUCAUCUAAUGGCAACCAAAACCAAAAUCAAAGCGAAAAUCAAAGACCAAUCCUCAGAAUUCAGUUGUCCCUUCGUAAGCACAAAGAGCCAGAUUCUGGAAGGCCAAAAAGUGCAAAAGAGGACAAUACUGGAUUGGCUGAAAGUUCUGUUCAAGAGAGCACGUUUUCUGCUCAUGUACCCACUGAAAGCCAGUUGUGCUAUACUAAUCCAGAGACAAAUACAGAACCUGAGAAAAUAGUGCCUAAAUCUGGCCAAGAAUUAUCGUCACAGAGAAUAGAAACGUGUUCUCAGACCAGAACGGGCAAAGAAACAAGUUCGUUUGAAAAUGACUUCCAAAGAACUGAAUCACUAUAUAUGACACUAACCGAGAAUUGGGUACCACCUCAACUUGAUUUUUGCCAAAACGAUAUUGAUGACGAAGAGUGGCUCUUUGGUACACGGCAGCAACAUAAUUUCCAGUCUGAAAGGCGUAAAUUUGGCAAUGAAGUCUCGUGUUGCAGGAGUUCCACGUUGUGGCCACAAGCACAAUUGUUACCGGAGGCUGACAUAAAUGCCUUACCUUAUACCAUUCCCUUUUGAAUUUUUUUUCCUCUCUAUAUAACAGUUGCUAGAAGCGAUGACAAAAUUUAGUAAUUUUGUUAGUGGUGCUCGUACUAUCCAGAGAGCACCGAAAUUGUAAAUGUUUUAGUUACUGAGAAUGAAUUAUCCAUUUUUUCCGGA